AAGAUCAUAGCCUUCUUCCAUCCCUUCUGCAACUCAGGCGGUGGUGGAGAGCGGGUCCUGUGGGUCGCCCUCAGAGCCCUUCACCACAAAUACCCUGAUUAUCAUUACGUGGUCUACACGGGUGAUGUGGAGGCCGCGCCCGAAGACAUCAAAGCGAAAGUUAAAAAGCAGUUUCAAAUGGACUUAAACUUUGCCAUCAGUUUCGUGUACCUCAAGAGGCGAUACCUCAUUGGUUCCCAUUUGUAUCCAGUCUUCACGCUUUUGGGUCAAAGCAUUGGCUCAAUAUUUCUGGGCUUUGAGGCCAUCUUCGGGUGCGUUCCCGACGUCUUCAUCGACAGCAUGGGCUACGCCUUCACGCUCCCGGUGUUCAAGUAUUUGGGUAACUGUCGGGUCGGCGCUUACGUCCACUACCCGACCAUAAGCACCGAUAUGUUGGAUAUGGUGGCUAACACUCGCACGUCUUAUAACAACCGGCAGAUUAUAAGCAACAGUCGAGUACUAACGAGUGGUAAACUCCUGUAUUACAAGCUGUUUGCAUACCUGUAUGGAGUGGUCGGCCGAAUGGCGCUCAUAGUUAUGGUGAACGGGAGUUGGACUCAGAGGCACAUCGAGAGGAUUUGGGACCGAAAGGCGGUCCGAGUGUAUCCGCCUUGUAAUACAGAUGAGUUGAAACGCCUGCCCCUUCAAAACAAGAAACACCUGCAGAUCGUAUCGAUCGGUCAAAUCAGACCCGAGAAGAACCACAGCUUACAACUCACGGCAUUCAAAGAGUUCGUCGAUAGGCUGUCCACCGAA